AUGUCAUAUCGAAAUUAUUCAGCUCGUGAAGGUGGUAGACAUCACACUGAUCCAACAUCAUCUCGAUUUAAUUCACAAUCAAAAUAUCAUCAACGUGGUCGAGGAAAUAAUCGUCCAGUGCCCAAUCGCCGUCCAACAGCUGGUGAUGAUCUUGAAAAUAUAACUGUAUCAAUUGGCCGCCAUUUAACAACCGAUGGAGUUGGUACUCAACGUUCAGCUAUAAGAGGACGUAUUGUUAAUCGUCCGCAUCGUCCUAUACAAAUUAAUUCAAAUCGAAUGAAUGAUCGUGAUAAUAAUCAAAUGCGAUGGUGGCGAAUAUCAAUACCACAAGCUGGUGCAAUUGGAAAAGAACGUGUUCUAUCAACACUGAAAGCUAAUUGUGCCCGACAAUUUCAACCUUAUCAUUAUUUUAUUGAUAGUGAUACAAAUACUGGCGUUUUCUUUAUCAAUAGUCAACAAGAUGCUGAUAUGUUAAAAAGAGCUAAUAGAAAAAUUGAAAUACAAAAUUUUGGCACGCUCAGUAUAAUGGUCAGUCAAGCAUCAUGUCCAGCGCCAUCACUAGAUGAAGAUUUGCAACGACAUUUUCGAGACUAUAUUUGUAAUCGUCGAUUUAAUGCACAAACAUUUCAAUUGAAUUUAUCGAAUUUAGCUGAUGAUGAAGAACUUAGCGCACUUGGUAUUUAUCCUCAACUAAAUAAGCAAGCGUUUUUACGUGAUGUUGUUGUUAUAAUCAACAAAGAUCUUCCUAUAACUCGUCAAUUAGAUUUGGGUUCAAAUAAUAUAUCGAAUUUAUACGAAUUUCGUAAACUUAAUUUGAUUCAUCUUGAACAACUUAGUCUUGCUUCAAAUCAAUUGAAAUCUUUCGAAGAACUUAGUCAUCUUAAACAAUUAACUCAUCUGAAUCAUCUAUUUCUCAAAGACAAUCCAUUAAUAUCAACAAACAACAGGCGGAAUCUGUCUCGCGACGAAUUUAUCAGCACCAUUCAACAAAAGCUUCCACAACUUAAACGAGUGGAUGAUAUUGAACUUCCGACGAAAAUUGGGUUUGGCGUUGAUAAUGAAGCAAUUCAUUUACCACCAACGGUACCCCAUUGUGUACCACAAGAAAUGCAAGCAUUUUUAGCAAAAUUCAUUGAUGAAUAUUAUCGUUUAUUUGAUACACGUGGUCGUGGCGAAUUACAUGCCUGCUAUCAUGAUACAUGUAUGUUUUCAUUAUGUAUUGCACCAACUGAAGGUUCAAUUGUUCAAACAAAAUCUUAUAAAUAUGGUGCACUAAUUUAUGAUUCACGAAAUUUAAAGAAAAUUUUCGAUGAUAACAAACGUACUGCUUUAUUACGGCAUGGCAAAGCGGAUGUAUUAGAUUUUUUAAGAGUUAGAUUUCCAUUAACAAAACAUGACGGAAAAUCAUUUCAUGUUGAUGUUUUCUCAACAGCUAAUAGUCGUGCAAUCUUUUCUGUUAAUGGUCUCUAUAGAGAAAUUGAUCAAGGAGUUAAUGGACCUGUUCGUAGUUUUCAACGUACAUUUACCUGUUCACAAACAUCUUCAGGUGUAUUGAUUGUUGCUGAUCAUAUCAUGAUUAUUAAUGCAACUGAUAAUCAAGUGAUGAGCAUGACUCGUUCUACACCACCAACUAACGGAACAAUACCGACAACAACAACAGCGCCACCACCAGCAAUAAUGGAAAGCCAAGCUGGCCCAAGCAUAGAUAUACAAGCACAAAUGAUACAAAAAUUUUCACAAGAAUCUGGCAUGAAUAUCGAAUAUUCAAGACUUUGUUUAGUUGAAAAUGAUUGGAAUUAUAAUAAAGCUGCACAAAAAUUUCAAGAUUGCCAAAAAAUGAAUUUGAUUCCACCUGAAGCUUUUCGAACAUCAUAA